AUGGAGACUUCAACAAGUGGAUCAUAUGAAUGCGAUACCUUGCCUGCUCCACGUCUCACUUUAGGCCCAACUCCUGAUCUAGACCAUAAUCGAUCUCCUUCACCUUUCUCGAAUUUUGAGUCUUCUUCUGCCGGCUCAUCUCCGCUCCAAACAAUCUCGGACAUUGAGAUGUAUACCACUCCAACUGCUCAGAGAAAACUAUGUGUUCGCCACCAGAGAAUGGCAGACGAGGGUACCAACUUAAAGCUUCAGCAGGCUCUUGAUGCUCUCCCUGUACAGGAGCGAGAAGCUGUGAAUGCCAUCUGGUCCGGUUUUUCCUCGUCUUCACACCCAAGGCGAGAACUCAUUCUCCAGGGCAUCCUCACUAUGUGCUGUUUUUCUCAGCUCUCCUUGUUAACGGAGCAGCUCGGUCAGCUAAUCCGCAUUGACCCAUUCAGUGUGCUUCCCCGCGAGGUGUCCCUCAGAAUCCUUGCGUGUCUCGACGCUACCUCUCUUUGUCGAGCUGCUCAAGUGAACAAGCAGUGGAAAAGCCUAGCCGAUGACGACGUCCUAUGGCGCGGAAUAUGUGAACAACAUAUCGGGCAAAAAUGCCUUAAAUGUGGAUGGGGGCUACCUAUUCUCGAACGAAAGCGCGUCGUCCGUAUGAACUCCGCGUCUCCAUCAUCGUCUCCUCCUUCAUUCCCACCUCAUCAUACCCCUGACUUGUUCGUUUCCGAAAUACCUGACGCCUUGCCGUUCACACGGCCUUGGAAGGAUGUAUAUUCAGAGCGCUUAUCAGUCGAGCGCAAUUGGCGUCGAGGACGAUGUUCCGUCCGGACGCUGCGUGGGCACACAGAUGGUGUUAUGUGUCUCCAGUUCAAUGAAACCUUACAGCAUCCUUCUUUCCCGAUCCUCAUCACGGGUUCGUACGACCGUACUGUGCGUGUGUGGAACAUUGAGACCGGCCUCGAGGUACGCUGUCUCCGUGGACAUACGCGUGCUGUGCGGGCAUUACAGUUCGACGAGGCGAAGUUGAUCACAGGGAGUAUGGACCACACCAUUCGAGUGUGGAACUGGAGAAGUGGAGAGUGCAUACGUACGCUUGAGGGACAUACGGAGGGUGUCGUUUGUCUCAACUUCGACUCCAACGUACUUGCUAGCGGGAGUGUGGAUACCACUGUAAAGGUAUGGAACUUCCGCACGGGCGAAGCGUUCACGCUUCGUGGGCACCGUGACUGGGUCAAUUCCGUGCGGCUAUGGGGGUCUGAAGAUCCGGUGGAUGUUGAGAUGGGCUGCGGAUCGGGUAGCGAGCCAAGGAUAUGUCAAGGCACGCUAUUGUUUUCGGCCUCAGAUGAUGGGACCAUUCGCCUAUGGGACCUUGCACGGCGGACAUGCGUGCGCCAGUUCACGGGACACGUGGGACAAGUGCAGAGCUUGAAACUACUGGAGGUAGACGAGCGGUGUGAUGAAGGCGUCAGCCGCCAAGAGCAGCGCAUCGCGGACAAUAACAUGGCCCAUGUCGCCCGAGUUGGAAACCCGAUGAACUCCUUCGAAGUUUGCACGGUUAUCACACACGAUGCUAAUAACGAGAGUAUGGAGGACAUCAAGAGCCUUGAUCGUGUCACUAGGGAAGUGCUGGCAGGUAGCAGUCGGAAACGUGCUAAGAGGCCGGUGCUCAUUUCUGGAAGCCUUGAUAACACUAUCAAGGUUUGGGACAUUGAUACGGCAAAAGCCACCCAGACUCUAUUCGGCCAUAUUGAAGGUGUUUGGGCGGUAGCGAGUGAUAAGCUGCGGUUAAUCAGUGGGAGUCAUGACCGUACUAUCAAGGUGUGGAACCGCGAGGAGGGCCGAUGUACAGCUACAUUGGUCGGACAUCGUGGCGCUGUAACAUGUUUGGGCCUUGGUGAGGACAAAAUUAUCUCUGGUAGUGAUGAUGGAGACAUCAGAAUAUGGUCUUUUGCUGGAGAUAUCCGGCUUUGA